GUUUAAAUGAGCGAUAGAGAGUUCUGGUGAGUUUGUUUGUUAGUUUAAAACCCGGAUGUCGUCGUCCCACGGCCUGUUGUCCUUCACACGUGGGUUUCGGGGGUCUCUGUGGACGUUCAAGAAUCCCUGCUGUGUCAGUGGCCGUGGAGGAUUGUGAUUUGUACCUGUUGAGAUUCUCCCUCUGUGUGGGGCUGUGUUACAGGGAGCUCGCUGUGGUUUUCUAAGUAUUGAACAGCCUAUUUUCAACCCUCGGGUCACUUCCCAAGACUGAUCUUACCUGAGAAGGAAGACCAGAGGAGAAGGAGAUCAAGGAGUCAGAAAUGAUUCCUUCCGAGGCUAAUUCUCUAAAGCAUGGAAACAUACCAAGCUCACUUUCUCACCUGGACUUUCAAGAGUUCCUCGAGAGGAUGCCCUGUGCCUUCGGAUGGCUGACAUUCUGGGAUGUGGCCAUGGACUUCACUCAAGAGGAGUGGGAAAGCCUGGACCUCGGUCAGCGGGAAUUGUACACGGAUGUGAUGUUGGAGAACUACGGGAACCUGGCCUCCUUGGGGCUUAUCUCUAAGCUGGACCUGGUCGCAUUGCUGGAGCAACUGAAGGAUCCCAGGAAUAUAAGGAGAAUGGAGACAACAGCCAUUUACCCAGGAUCAAGUGAAGGAUUCCUGGACUGUAAGCAAAGUGGACAAACCAGCAGCACAUCCAGGCACAUGGCAGUGGGUGGAGCAGAUGACUCAGAUGAAAAGGACGAGAAUCAUGGAGGAAGCAAUACUUUGUCGUGUGCUUUGCGAAGAUCUGCUUCAAAGGAAGUGACUCUGGGUUAGUCUUGGUUUAUUUCUGUCACUGUCAUAGAAGGUCAUCUCUUGACCCAUUCUUGAUUCUUUUUAUCAUUUAUGUAUUUCUCUCCAGUGAUUAAUUUUCACAUUCACAAUGAGGACAAGAAUUCUGGUCUUGGCCUGGGACAAAUGGCAUGACCUGAUGGCUCCUCCAUUGAGCCAUUGAGGAAGUUUCAUGAAAAACUGUGUGGAUUUCUGAGUAACUAUAUUGAGCCCUUUUAAAUCUUCUGAUUCUCUCUCUAGUCAGAAGUGUGUGAGUGGAGUCGUGAACAAACUGCCACACUUCUGGGACUACUUGGGAAAGAUACUGUUUGUUUUCUACCCUAUAAUUUCAAAUCCUUGGAAACUACACGUAUGAUCUGAUAAAUUUCCUCCUCAAAUUCUUUCUUCACUGCUUAAGACACCUCCUUUAAAUGAGCAAUUGCAAACCUGAAUUUUACUUCAAAGUUUCUCUUUUUAUUAGAUGAACUAACAUGGUUUUCAUUCCAAUCCCAAAAUCCCAAAGAAUGCUCAAACUACCACACAGUUGCACUCAUCUCACAUGCUAGCAAAUUAAUGCUCAAAACU